GUGUACCUAAUAGCACUGACAUAUCUUGCCUUGGGGGAAGCAGAACCCGCCGGUCUAAGUCAUCGACGAGAUCUGAUAUUGAAAAGACCUUUCUUACUGAAUAUCCUCGAUCAACCUACGCAACCAGCUACCAGCUACCAUCCAAUCAAAUUGCCACUCGGCACUCUCACACCUGAUUCACUCUCACCUCCUGACUCCUAGACGUUUCCACGACCACCAUGUCCCAGUUGACACACGACUCGUCGAUCCUAAUCAUAGGCGGCGGCACGUGGGGAUGUGCAACGGCCCUCCAGCUCGCUCGACAAGGCUACAAAAAAGUGACGGUUCUCGACGCCCACGCCAUCCCUUCACCCAUCUCUGCCGGCAACGACGUCAACAAGAUCAUGGAGGAGGGUGUGCCCUCGGAUGAUGACGACGAGGAAAGUUAUGUUUGGAACCGGCUCUUCCAACUCGCCACCGAAGCCUGGAGGUCCGACCCGGUGUACUCCCCCUUCUACCACGCCACGGGCUUCGUCAUGGCCGCCUCGUCCCCCGAGGCCGGCAGGCACGUCGAGUCGUACAUCGCGUCGUGCCGGACGUCGUCGUCGCCCAUCCGCCGCCUCGACACGCCCGAAGCCUUCCGCGCCACCAUGGCCCCGGGCAUCCUGACGGGCGACUUUCCCAACUGGAAGGGCUUCGUUCGGCCCGAGGGCGCCGGGUGGGUGUUUGCCCGCGGAGCGCUCGAGGCCGCGCACAACGAGGCCCGCAGGCUGGGCGUCCGCUUCGUCACGGGCGGACCCCAAGGAAAGGUCGAACGACUGAUCUACUCUGGUUCAGAUGUACUGGGCGCAUUCACGAGUGACGGGGUCGAGCACAGAGCGGACAGGACUGUUCUCUGUGCCGGUGCGUACAGCGACAGGUUAUUCGACUUUGAAAAACAACUCAGACCGACGGCGUGGACUCUGGCUCAUAUCCAGAUGACGGACGAGGAGCGCCAGACGUGGAAAGAUCUACCUGUUCUGUUCAACGUCGAGCGUGGAUUCUUCAUGGAACCGACGACAGGGACGGGCGAACUCAAAUUCGUUGACGAACACCCUGGAUACUGCAACUUCAUCCAUGACCAGUCCAUCGAUGCUGAGCGUUCUGUCCCUCUUUCUCGGCAACAGAUCCCCAUUGACGCUGAAGCUCGUGCACGCCAAUUCCUGCGUGAGACAGUGCCCCAAAUUGCAGAUCGUCCCUUCACCUUCGCGAGAGUGUGCUGGGAUUCGGAUACUCCAGAUCGAGUCUUCCUCAUCGAUCAGCACCCGAAAUACUCGAGGCUUGUGGUGGCCGUCGGGGGAAGUGGCAUGGGAUUCAUGACAAUGCCAGCCGUAGGCAUCCAGGUUGUCAACUCUCUAGAAGGUCGUAUGGAGUCCCGACUGAAGAAAGCUUUCAGAUGGAGGCCGGAGACUGCCGUCGGCAGAGACUGGCGCGAUACGCAGGAUCGAUUUGGGGCCGAUGGAAAAGUGAUGGACUUGCAAAAAGUCAAGGGGUGGACCAAUGUCGACAACGGAAGCCACGCUUCCAAGAUAUGACAAGCAAAAGAUUGGAUCGUAUAGAAUUUAUCGUAGAAA